UCAUUUUUAUACUCACCUAAAUCAAAAGUACCACAUACUUCACCAGGUAAUGGAAAUUCAUAUAUUUCACUUAAUAACUCAAUCAUUACAGUUAACGAAAUCACAGAUAAUUCAUACCCUUUUGUAAAUAUAUUAUUCUAUAGUAACCAAGCACAAAGUUUUAUUGGAUCAACAACAAAACCUGGCUCGGAUUGCUGUCCAAUGGGUGCAACCAAUUGUCAAUAUGGCUCAAUUAUUAUUCAAGGUUCAACCUAUACAACAAUAGCUAAUGAAAAAGAUUAUAAAAUUACAUUAAACAAAGCCGAUGGUGUGGAUGCAUUUGGUUAUACUUUUAUCCCAAAUAAAGCUGGCACCUACAAACUUCCAGAUCUUAUCUCAAACAUAGAGACUACAGGUGUUUACGCUGCAUUCAUUAUGAAUUGUUCAACUGCAUCAGACUACACAAUAGAAGGAGAUAUUAUAUUUAUGAAUCCAUAUGGCUAUCUAUCUGGUGAAAAAUUCCCAUUUUUAUAUUAUAAUCUAGUCAUAUCAGGAUUAUAUGUUGGUCUAUUUAUUAUGUGGGCAGUUUUAUUCUUCAAAUUUAAAGAAACAGCAUUAAAGAUUCAAUUUUGGGUAUCAUUUGUUAUUCUUUUAGGUUUUAUCGAAAGUUUAUCCAACUACAUUAUCUAUAGCAGCAUUAAUAAAAGUGGUAAUUUUAGUACAAGUGAUGCAGUAUUUAUGACACUUUUUAGUACAUUAAAGAAUGGUUUUGCCAGAGCUCUUGUAGUAUUAGUUGCACUAGGUUAUGGUAUAAUAGUGUAA